AUGGAAAUGGGACUGCAACCAAUGGUGUGUGUUGCUCAAGAUUAUUUUCAAGAAAAGCUUAUAGACGACUUACGGUUACGCAAAACGAUUCUUGAAUUACCUGACAACAAAACGGAGCAUCUUCCAGGCUAUUUAUCUCUUGUACCUGGAAUGCCAGUUUUACUUACAGAAAACGUGGCUACAGAGCUCGGACUCUCCAAUGGUACACGUGGAAUAUUCCAUCAACUUGUAUACGAAGAAUCUUCAGCGGAUAAUCAAUUUCAAGACAGGAAUUUUCCAACAAAUACCAAGUUUAUCACUCAACCAAAAUACGCCUUAGUAGAAUUUCCCAAUUGCAAACUUGAUUCUGAACUUGCUGAACUUCAAGCCAAGAUAAUUCCUAUACCAAUCAGUGAGCAAAUAUUUCUGUUUGAUGUUAAGGAGCUUCUUGCAGAAAAUGUUGCAAAAGCCGCAAAAAUUAACAAAAAAAACACAAAAAUCUCAAUCAAGCGUAAAGCGCUUCCUUUAAUUCCGGCCUACAGCAUGACAACACAUAAGAGCCAAGGCCAAACGCUUGGCAAAAUUAUCAUUGAUCUGGUCAUGCCACCCGGCCCAGUAGAAGUCGCAUCGGUUUACGUUCCACUAUCACGAGUGAAACAGUUGGAUGAUUUACAGAUCAUACGUCCUUUUGAAUUCACAGCUCUUCAAGUGAAACCAUCAACAGCACAGCGUGAAGAGCUCAAAAGAUUGGACCGAAUCGCAAAAACUACUCCAAAACGUUUUCCAAUAUCUAUUAUUAAACCAAAUGAAGUGGAAUUAGCUCAUUUAUAUUAUUUACCAAAAGCCCAUAAACCUGGCAUUCCUUUAAGACCGAUUAUUUCUGGUUUAAAACAUCCUACGAUUAAAAUAUCAAAAUUUUUUGAUGAUUUACUUCGAACAUUAUUCGAUCAGAUGGCUUUAAAUUCUACUGUCACUUCUGGUUUCGAUUUAGUUAAACAACAAGGUAACGCGACGUUUGCGUCGCCAACCCUCUACUGAAAGGAUUUCGUCAUGUGGAACGUAGCUAUCCAAAACUAUCUAGCUGUGAGACUUCACAUUUUAUAGCUUCGAAAUGAUUUUCAUGGAAAACACGAUUGAUAACCGAGCAUAAAUAGAAAACUUGCUUGGAAGUAUCACCAAGAAAGCGGCAUUUAAUUACUACUUACU